ACACACAUAAAAAUCAAUAGUCGCCGCCAUAUUUUUUCACUUGUACUCGGACGCGUUUUUAUGUUUAGGUAAUUGCAAAAAACAGUUUAUACAGCGCAGUAAAAGUUGUUUAAAGUGAAUGAAAAGCUACAUAAAAUACAAUAUAAACGUUGUUGCAUUAGUUGAAAUAAAAUCCCGCUAGAACCCGAAUCGGCAAACGUGUGUGCGCGUCCGAGUAGCCGUGUGUGUGUGUAUGUGUGUGUGUCUCAGUGUUGGGAGUUGUGUGAAAUAACUUGGAAAAAAGCAUCGUUGCUAUCGCUGUUGCCAGUAGACAAAGCCUAGCUAAAGUAUGGAAGGAGCUACACAAGUGGCUUCCCCACCGGUAGGUGGACCACGAGGCGGCGGCUACAGAGGCCGUGGCGGUGGUCCACCGAUGCGCGGCGGCUUCGAGCGCGGACGCGGUAGGGGAAUGGGUCGCGGUCAUUUUAUGGGCGGCAUGCGCGGCGGUGGCAUGGGCGGCGGUGGACCCCCAAUGCAAGGCAUGAUGCAGGGUCCGCCACGCGGCAUGCGUCCCCGAGGCGGACUGGGCUAUCAGGGACGGGGUGGUGGCGGCGGCUUUCAGCCACGGGGUGCCCCGAUGGGCAUGCGAGGCGGACGCCCGCCCCUGUAUCAGCAGCCGCCCAAGCAACACACGGGCGCCGACAAUAACAAGACGGUAUCGCCAGUACCCACAGCGGCAGCAGCCGGAGAGCAGCAAACCGAAGCAGCUGGCGAUGACGGCUCCGAUGCAGCAGCAUCAGCAGCCGGUGCAGCAACGACAACGGUUAACUCACAUGUGGCCAGCGGCGGAGCACCGGGCAAUAGCAGCAACAAUAGUGGUGGCGGACCACCGCCGUACAUAAGUCGGGGACGAGGACGUGGCGGUCCGUUUGGAGGUCGCGGACGUGGCGGCGGCGGCUACAAUCCACACAUGAACGGCAGCGGCGGCAACGGGAUGUACCCGCACUCACAUCAUAGCAACUCGAUGGGCGGACCGGGAGGCGAGCAUGGAGGAAUGCCGCGACGCGGCUCGAUGCGCGGACGUGGCGGUGGCUACAAUCAAGCUCUCAAACGUGGCGCACCCGGAGGUCCAGGUCCGAAGCGUGGACGCUAUGAAGGCGGACCCUAUGGCCAGCGGCCCAUGACACCAAAGUAUCAUACGUCAUCACAGCAUAUGUCGCAAACCACAUAUGGCUCGCCACCCAGCCAUCAUGCCCCAGCAUCAAGCCAUCAUGGUGGCUAUCAGACGCAUGACCAGACGCAGCAGGUCGAUCCCUACUCACAGAGUGGAUACAGUGCACCGGCGACCGCACAGCAAAGCUACAAUGGCUAUGGUCAAAGCAGCGGCUAUGCAGCUCAACACACAACACAGGCGACUACGCCGGCCAGCAGCAGCUAUGCGUCGCACCAUGGCACCGAAUACGAUCAAAGCCAAUAUCAGGGCUACAACUCCACGGGAUACGCAACCCAACAGGAUACACGCUAUCAGUCGUAUAGCCAAGAUUAUAGUCAGCAGUAUGGCUCGACUGCCGUUGAUUACAAUGCGGCUGGGCAAGCGGACUACAGCCAGCAGAGCGCCAGUUACGAUGAACGCGCCUAUGCCGGCUAUGAUUCGCAGGCAUAUACGCAGAACUAUUCGAAUGCAGCUGCCUAUUACUAGAGUACAGCCUGCCGCAUCCUUCAUCCCUGGCUAUACACAUUGGUGAAGAACGCUGCGCGUGCUCCAACACGUAUGCCAAAUACCAAAACAAGGGAAUAGGGCCAACAAAUACAACAAAAACAACAACAACAAAAAAGAAAAAUGAUGUUUAAUGCAGAAAUUUGCUUGCUAUAUAUAAAUACAUACACGUAGACACACAUACCCACACACAUACACUCAAACACAUAGUUAGUCUUAAGCAUAAAGUUCUCUUUUCCUAGAGUUUAAGUUGAACCGUGUUGCUACGUCUUGAUUUUCGCCUCUCUCUCUCUCUCUCUUUCUCUCUCUCUUCCCACCUUAUCAACUAUCCGAAAUCUUUAUGUUUGUUUGUCUAUGCUUUACCAAUAUUUGAUCAUGUGACUGGCGAAAAGAUUACAUUGCCUGUUGUUAUGUGUUUCGUUUAAGGACAAACGGAGCCUUGGAAAAAGCUCCAGCCUCAAAAAAAAAAUCUGAUAUAUAUAUAUAUCUUAAUAUUUUACAAUUAUUUUUCGAUAUAUCUAGUUAAUGAAUGCGAUCCAAAUCUAAAUCAAUACUGUGAAUCAUGUCAUAUUGUAAACAACAAUUGCAAUGUAUAAGUUUUAGUUGAUAGCAAGCAAUGCUUAAUUUUUCAAAACAUUUCUCAACGAAUGGAGCUUUUUAUAUACACAUAUUUUUUUCACAUGAAUAUCUGAAAAAUUUACUGAUUUCCCAACAAUUAUUUGUAUCUUUAAUAUAUUGACGUGAAAAAGAACACAAUUAUUAUUUCUUUUCCUAAUAAUAGCAAGAAUAUAAGCAACAAAAACGUAAUUAUGUAACUCUUAUUGAUUAAGCUGAGCAAAACAAAAAAAAUAAAAAAAAAAAAAAAACAGAAAGAAAUACACAAAAAUUUAAUAGCAAAACAAAGCUAAAAUCAUAAAUUUAUCAAAGUCAAUAAAAUAAUGUUUAAAAAUGUGUGUAAUGCAUUAAACU